GGCGCUUUGCCGGCAUCUCGCGAGAGUUGAAGUCUCCGGAAAAGCGGCGGAAGCAGAACCAACCUCUCUUUCCGGGCGGCCAUUGCCGAGGGUAGCAGCGGUCAAAAUGAAGUUCAAUCCGUUUGUGACUUCGGACCGCAGCAAAAAUCGCAAACGGCACUUCAAUGCACCGUCUCACAUUCGCAGGAAGAUCAUGUCAUCUCCCCUUUCUAAGGAGUUGAGGCAGAAAUACAAUGUUCGUUCUAUGCCCAUCCGAAAGGAUGACGAAGUUCAGGUCGUCCGGGGCCAUUACAAAGGGCAGCAGAUCGGCAAAGUGGUCCAGGUCUAUAGAAAGAAGUAUGUCAUCUACAUUGAGCGUGUACAGCGUGAGAAGGCCAAUGGCACAACUGUUCAUGUGGGCAUCCACCCCAGCAAGGUGGUGAUAACAAGACUAAAGCUGGAUAAGGAUCGUAAAAAGAUCUUGGAACGUAAAGCAAAGUCUCGCCAAGUUGGAAAGGAGAAGGGAAAAUACAAGGAAGAAACAAUUGAAAAGAUGCAAGAAUAAAAUAGACUUCUUGGUGAAUUUCAUUAAAAUUCCACUAAAAUGAAA